AGCUUCCUGGGUCAGAGGCUGCUCGUGCUGCCUCCAUUGCGAGCCCGGAUUCCUUUCCAGGCUGAGCCGCUGCUGCUCCCCCAGCGGGGUCUGUGCGGGGAGAGCCCUUCCCUAGCGCCCCUCGGGGCCCAGCCGCGGGGACUUUCUCCGGGGGCUGGAAGCAGCCCCGGGCUCUGCCGACACCAGCCCCUGAGCCGGAGCCUGCAGGCUGCAGAACCACGUCCGCACUUUGCUCCAGAUCGUCCCCAUCUGCUGGGGGACGGGGAAGGGACAUGGCUACAGCAGAUCCCGCUCAGGGGUCGGUGACCUUCGAGGAGAUGGCUGUGUAUUUCCCUGAGGGGCAGUGGGCUCUGCUGAAUCCAUGUCACCGAGUUCUUUACAGGGACCUCCUGGGGUUUCCUGUUCCCAAGCCGAGUGAGAUCUCCCGGCUGGACCGAGGGGAAGAACCGUGGGGCCAGGAUCUCCAGGGCUCUGAAGAAAGGGGAAUCCUAAGAAACGGUCACACAGCAGGAGACAGGACGGGCAGUGAGAGCGAGGAGAACUCUCAGCUGGAAGGUCCUGAGCUAGAGCAGCCACCCAGGAGGAUGUCGGGAAGAGCUGAAGGGAAUGUUUCCCAGAGCGCUGAGCAGGGAGAAGCCUGGGAGAAUCAGCACAGACUGGAGAGGCAGCUGGGAACCCAGCCAGGGAAAGGAUUGGAUGAAUCCUGUCACAGGCCUGUGGACACCAUCCACCAGAGAAUCCCCAAUGAAGAGAGACCCACCAUCUGUGAGGAAUGUGGCAGAAGCUUCAGUCGCAGCUCAAACCUGAUUGUCCAUCAGAGACUCCACGCCGGAGAGAAACCCUACAAAUGUCUGUACUGUGGGAAAAGCUUCAGCCGGAGCUCCCACCUGAUCACCCAUCAGAGACUGCACACGGGGGAGAAGCCCUACAAGUGCCCCAACUGCGGGAAAAGUUUCAGCGACAGCUCCACCCUCAUCACCCACCAGAGACUGCACACCGGAGAGAAACCCUACAAAUGCCCUGACUGCGGGAAAGGCUUCAACCAGAGCUCCAACCUCACUUCCCAUCAGAGAACCCACACAGGGGAGAGACCCUACAAGUGCCCCGAGUGCGGGAAAAGCUUCAGCGUCAGCUCCUACCUCAUCAGGCACCAGAAAAUUCACACAGGGGAGAGACCCUACAAAUGUGAGGAGUGUGAGAAGAGCUUCAGUCAGAGCUCCAGUCUUAUCAACCAUCAGCGAGUGCACACCGGAGAGAAACCCUAUAAGUGCAUUGAUUGUAACAAAUGGUUCAGGAACAGCUCGGACCUGAUUAGACACCAGAGAACCCACACGGGAGAGAGACCAUAUCGGUGCCCCGACUGUGGGAAAAGCUUCAAUCGCAGCUCGAACCUCAUGACGCACCAGAGGAUCCACACGGGAGAGAAGCCCUACGAAUGCCCUGAGUGCAGGAGGAGUUUCACCGUGAGCUCAGCCCUGAUCAAACACCAGAGGACCCACCGGGAGGAGAAGACUUAUGACUGCCCUGACUGUGGGAAAAGCUUCAUUCGCUGCUCCAAUUUUCUUACGCAUCGGAGAAUCCACACAGGGUAGAAACUGGCAUCUCCUGAUAUCCCUGCCCCUCCAUGCCAGCUCAGAAGGAGCUGCCUGGAGCCAGGGUCGGCCUGGCUGGCAGACUCCAGGGAGCUGCUGCUCAGUGGGGUCUGGGAAUCUGGUUUUGGGGCACAGAGGACUGGGGCAGAUGGUUAUCUCUAGGAAGGGAGGGAUUGUUUUGUUUUCGAUUUCAAACACUUUUAUAAACACAUUGCAGCAGGGAUGGAGGCAGCAGGAGACGCUAGAAA